AUGAUCGCUACGACAACUGAAACCGACGCAGAUUACAAGACAAUUACGAUACUCGCAAAAAUCCAAGGGAAAGGUAUCCGAAUCUUAUUGGAUUCAGGAGUGACAGGCAACUAUAUGAGUCAAAAGUUUGUACACCUUAACAAGAUACCCGUCAAAACAACUGACGAAUGGACGAAAAUCGUUGGAAUUGAUGGAGAAACAAUUACCGAAGGGUACAAAAAGAAAACCAGUGGAAUACUCAUGAGAUCAGGGAAAUACGCCACGACAAUCACGUUCAACAUUGUACCAAUGGACACUCAGUAUUAUAACGCAAACCUAAUAAUUGACUGGGCCUCCGGAACAGUGGCAGUCGACUCCAGCAUGAUAAAGACAAAGACAGAGAACAGAGAUAUCGAGAAGAUAUUGAAUCUUCAUGAGGAAUCAGGGACAUCCUCAGAGAAAGGGCAAGCUAAUACCCUAAGAAAGACACGGAAGGUGACGUGGACUCAGGAACUAGAACAACAAGAAAGGAAAAGGGAAAUUAAAGCGCAGGCAAGACAGAUUGCAACAGUACGACCAAAGCCUAAGGAACUUUACAAGAAAGAACUGGCCGAAGUCAAAGCAAAAUUACCGGAAAAAUACUACAAUUACAUCGAACUAUUUGUGAAAAAGGAAUACCGACUACCAAACCAUCCAAAAGAGUAUGAAGUACGAAUACCAUUGAAAUCAGGAUUCAAGGUACCCUCAGUCAAGCAACAUUACAAAUCACAAGACGAACUAGAAAUGGAAGAUAAACUCAUUGAGGAAUUUCUUGCUGUAGGAUAUAUCCGCGAAGGACGAGGAUCGGCCUCAGCAAGAGCAUUAUUUGUACCAAAGAAAGAUGGAACCAAGCAAAUAUCUUUGAUAUCCAAUGGUGUUAUUACAAUCUCUGAAUGGCUGAAGAAGAUAUUUGGAAAAUCGCAUUUCUUACGGAUAAAGGUCUUUAUGACAAAACUUAUGGAAGCCGGACUUACGCUCAAGAUCAAAAAAUGUGAAUUUGACAUAACCACAGUCAACUACUUAGGAAUGAUUUACAUACCGGAAGGACUGAAGAUUCAACCAGAAAAAGUAGAUGCUAUUACGAAUUGGCCAACGCCAGCCAACAUCAAAGAAGUACAAGGAUUUUUAGGAGCCACUGGAUAUGUCAGACGCUACAUUCGGAAUUACUCUGAACAUAGCCGAUCUAUGACGGAACUCCUGAAGAAGGAUGAAGAAUUCGUAUGGAAUAACAGACGACAAAAAGUAUUCGACAAGCUUAAACAACUAGUUACUGAAGCACCAAUUUUAACACUGGAUGACCUAGAAAAACAAAAGAUUAUUAGAUUAGGCGCAUCAGAAUACAUACUCAGAAUUGCACUUGAACAAGUAGGAAGCGACGGCAUUGUGUAA